AUGACGUCUGCAAGCGAUACAGUUCUUGACGAAAAACUGUCAAGAAAUAAAUCUGUAACGGAGCCCUGGAUUACAAGUCCGAGAAAUGAUGACAAUAAGACUGAAGGAAGUGUAAAUAAUACGACAGAGGAUACCAAAAACGGCAAAACAGCGUUAAAGGAAACAACAGAAAAACCAUCAAACUCGACUAACAAUGAGGAUGAAACAUCACAAUCUGUCAGCGAGACUGCCAAUAACGAAAGUGGUAAGAAUGAACAUAGCAAUAAUGAUAUCAAAGAACCAUCGCUUGUACAGGAGAAAGCAGAACAGCAAUCACAUGAAAGUAACAAUGUCACGUCUGAAACGAAGGAGAUUAAACCAGCUAUUAUCGGAAACGUGAUAGUAAACAAGUCCGCAAAAUCCAACGGUAUUGUUGAUUUUGAACCAAUCACAGAUGACGACUUGGACAUGUACGAUCCAGAGUUGUUGAUAACAGAGGAAGAAAAGAAGGCCUUUGAAUAUAUGAUCGAACAGAAAAAGGAGAAAAUCGAAAAAGAUAAAGCACAGUUUGAGACAUGGGUUGAUUCCAUUACUAGGCGGAGAAUGUUUGCCUUAAGCAGAUUGCGCAAGCUUGGAAAAUGUCACGGAGAACGUUUCCAGUUUUACGGAAAAGUGCAGGAAUAUGUGAAAGAAGUAGAAAGUGUUCUCAGUUCAGUGUCUUCCUCCACAAAAGUUCACUCAGGAAACAGGAUCACGACAGCGCAAUCCAGUAAACCGCCCUCUUCCACUUCCUCACCCACAACGACAAAACAAGCAAGUAGACAUGUACCACAGACAGAAAGUCUCCAAAGGGAGACAACUGGAUUCGUUAAUGUGCCAGAAACAGAUCAGAAAUCUGAUUCGAUAAGUAGUAACAGUAUGGAUAACAAUAGUUUUACAAAUGAUGAAAGUCCCAAAAUUGUUCCAGUACAAUCAUAG